AUGUCUCCGUCCCUAGAGACGCUCGAGCGGAUUCGAGACAUCUUUCUCGAUGCCGCGUCGCACGCGCACGCUGACGCCCGCGCGGUUCUCGAGCGUACGGACCCGUCGAAGAUUGCUCGAGCGACGUCGAGCACCGGCGGCGGGUCGGUACAAUGUGACGUCGAAUGCGGUGUCGCUGGCGCGUUAUUCAGAGCUCUACGAACAGUGAACUGUGACGAGAGCUCACCAGAAGCGACGGUUCGAACGACGUCGCCGUACGGCGUCGAGCGAGAUCACACGGUUCGGACACUCGCGCAGGCGACGCUGGACGCGAUACCGGCGGAGACGUACACGGCGAUCUUUGCCGACGCGAGAUUGCGAGACGGGAGCGAUUCGGGGACGAUUUACGCGUGUACCUUAGAGAGAUACGCCGAGUUAAGGGAGGAGGGGCGGGCGAUGUGUUCGAAGUGCGGGAAAUUCGUGACGGGGGGCGAGAGAGGACUGUGGUGGCAUCGAAAGACGAAGCACGCGGACGCACACGCCGAGGCGAUGGAGGCGGUCGAUCGCGAGCGGAACGCGCUCGUCGCGAUCUCGUCAACGGCGUUAAAGGCGAGAGUGAACGGCGCGGACGCGGCGUACGUGGAUAACAAGUCGAAGAAGAAGACUCGAGAGGACGAUUUGAGCGCGGGUGUGAGCGCCGCGCGCUCAGGCGACCACUCGGUGCUAGACGCGCUCAUCGCGGCGCGGCGCGUCAAAGCGCUUCCCUCACCAGGUCUCGAAUCGGCUCGUCGCGGUGAUUUAGAGUCUCUGCGCGUGCUCGUGCGCGAUGGUUGGGAUCCGACGUCGACGAGCGCGGUGGAUCGACACGGGAGCAACGCCUUGCUCUGGGCCGCAGGCGGCGGUCACGUCGAGUGCGUCAAGUUUCUCAUCGAGUCGUGCGGAAUGGAUCCCGAAAAAGCGGUGCAGAACGGACGACGAUCGUACGCCGGUCGCAGCGCCUUGCACUGGGCGGCGAGAAACGGCCAUAUCGACGUGGUGAAAUAUCUCCUCUCGCGUGGCGUCGACGUGGAUAGCAAAACGUCAGACGGCUCCACAGCGUUCGCGUGGGCGUGUUGGCAGGGACACAUCAACGUUAUGCGAUAUCUCGUCGAACAAGCUCGAUGUGACUAUCUCCAUCGCAAUGCGUACGGGUGUAACUGCGCGUGUUGGUCCGCCAUGGGCCCAGGCGGCGUCGAGUGCUGCGAAUACCUCCGCUCGCUCGGCGUCGAGUUCAAUCUUAUCAACGCCAACGGUCAUAGCGCGCUGCACAAAGCGAGUCAGAGAGGAAACCGCGAGGUGUGCGAGUGGUUACUAGAAAACGCUCGAGAAAUCGGCCUCACCGCCGCGCACGCCGCUCCCGACGCCGAGCGAUACGAUCCGAGCGGGCACGCGCGCGUCGAGGGCUUCGCGGAUUUAGCCGCCUGGCUCGCCGAGCGCCAGCUCCACCUCCCAUCCGCGUAG